ACUCUGUAAUACUUUCCUUAUAAAAGGGGCAUCGGCGCUCAUGCAUUUCUCGCUCACACAGUUCAUUCAGGCGCCGCGAACACGCCGGAACCCUAGCUUCGCUCCGUCGCCGCCGUCUUUGUCGGUUUCAUUUCUUCUCGUUCGUUCUCUUUUGUUUUUUCUGCGAUCUGCAUGGUAGGUUUCGUUCUCGCGGUUUAGAGUUGUGUCCGAUUCGAAUUCUCCGGCGGUUGCGCGUUUUCCCGUCGCGGUCGAUUUCUCGCUUCUUCUGAGGGGUAGGCGUGGGGAUUUCGGUGUGCUGUAAGAGUGGGUCAAGCUACCGUGUUGUCGUGACCUAGAUCUUCGUUUGCUUCGUUUGAGGGGGUAGCCGGGGCUCCGGCCUCGGCGGGUUCUAAAGCCCCCAUCUGAUACAACCGUCGCUCAAUUACGAUUGUUAGAACUAAUCCUGGAUUUGUAGGUUUCGAUUCUUUGAUUCUUUUUGUUUCAAUUUUUUUCGCGACUCAAUCGGAGCGUAACAGAGGAGAUCCGUGUUAGAUCGGAGAAGCAGGAAUCAGAGAUGCCUGCCAUAGCCUGUUGCGUGGACGCUGCCCUAACCGCCUCUCCCUACGCUUUCUCCAACUGGAAUAGCACGCUCCCCGAGCCUCAACCGGCGGUGGCGGCGGCUAUGGCGGAUUGGUCCCCCGCCCACUCGUCAGUGCUGUACCGCGUCGAUGGCUGGGGCGCUUCUUACUUCACUGUAAACCCUAGCGGCAACAUCUCCGUCCGUCCCCACGGCGUCAGUACCUUUCCCCACCAGGAAAUCGAUCUUCUCAAGGUCGUGAAGAAGGCCACCGAUCCGAAGCAUUCCGGUGGCCUUGGGCUUCCCCUUCCCCUCAUUGUUCGUUUCCCCGACGUCCUGAAAAACCGCCUCGAAACUCUCCAGGCUUCCUUCGAUUUCGCGAUUCAAUCGCAAGGCUACGAGGCGCAUUACCAAGGCGUUUAUCCUGUAAAAUGCAAUCAGGAUAAGUUUGUGGUGGAAGAUAUCGUCAAAUUCGGAUCAGGUUUCCGAUUUGGUCUUGAAGCAGGGUCCAAACCAGAGCUUCUCCUGGCUAUGAGCUGCCUCUGCCGUGGAAGCUCCGAGGCCUUUCUGGUCUGCAAUGGCUUCAAGGAUAUGGAGUACAUAUCCCUUGCUUUACUUGCUCGUAAGCUGCACUUGAAUACUGUUAUUGUUCUCGAGCAAGAGGAGGAAUUGGAUAUCGUGAUUGAAGCUAGUAAGAGCCUCGGCGUCCGUCCUGUCAUCGGCGUCCGUGCUAAGCUGAGGACUAAGCACUCCGGCCAUUUUGGCUCCACCUCCGGCGAGAAAGGGAAAUUCGGUCUUACAACGACGCAAAUCCUUCACGUCGUUAAGAAGUUACAGCAACACGAGAUGCUGGAUUGCCUGCAGCUGCUGCAUUUCCACAUUGGAUCUCAGAUCCCCACAACUGAUCUACUUGCCGAUGGCGUGAGUGAAGCUGCUCAGAUUUUCUGUGAACUUGCUCGAUUCGGAGCUUCCAUGAGGGUUAUUGAUGUAGGUGGAGGCCUCGGAAUCGACUACGACGGUUCCAAGUCUCAGGAUUCCGACAUCUCUGUCGGAUACAGUCUCCAAGAGUAUGCUGCUGCGGUUGUCAAAGCAAUUCAGUCUGUCUGCGAUGCCAAGAUGGUGAAGCAUCCUGUGAUCUGUAGUGAAAGUGGCCGUGCCAUUGUUUCUCACCACUCUGUUUUAGUGUUCGAAGCUGUUUCGGCGACUCCUUAUGAAUCCCAGCCGCAAGUUUCGGCCCUGGGGCAGCAGUAUUUGGCAGAGCGAUUGACCGAUGAUGAUGCGAUUUCUGAUUACAGGAACUUAUCGGCUGCUGCACUUCGAUGCGAUUACGAUGCUUGUUUGCUGUAUGCCGAGCAGCUGAAACAGAGAUGUGUCGAUCAAUUCAAAGACGGGUCUUUGGGCAUGGAACAGCUUGCUGCAGUCGAUGGCAUAUGCGAGUUAUUGUCGAAAGCUGUUGGUGUUUCAGAUCCCGUCCGCACUUACCAUGUCAACCUUUCGGUUUUCACUUCAGUCCCCGAUUUCUGGGCCAUUGGUCAGCUCUUCCCGAUCAUUCCGAUCCAUAAGCUCGACGAGAAGCCUUCAGUCAGGGGAAUACUGUCGGACCUGACCUGUGACAGUGAUGGAAAGAUCGAUAAGUUCAUUGGAGGCGAAUCGAGCCUACCUUUGCAUGAAUUGGCAGGCGAUCGUGCCCCGUACUAUCUCGGCAUGUUUCUAAGUGGCGCAUACCAGGAGUCUCUUGGCGGGCUUCACAACCUUUUCGGCGGGCCGAGUGUGGUGCGCAUUUCCCAGAGUGACGGGCCUCAUGGCUUUGCUGUGACGUGCGCCAUGCCGGGACCUUCUUGUGGGGACGUGCUGCGUAUGAUGCAGUACGAGCCCGAGCUAAUGUUCGAGACCCUUAAGCACCGUCUCGAGGAGUACAUCGAUGUUGGCAGCGAUGCACUUGUCAACGGUCUGACUUGCUCUUUCAACAACAUGCCUUAUUUGGCUCCGGCCACCUCUUGCAGCCUCACGGCUGCUUCGGGCAACACUGGUUAUUACUAUUGCAGCGAUGAAACUGGUUUUGCUGCUGUGAGUGAUUCUGUUGGUGGUGCCGAAGACGAGCCGUGGUCGUACUGCGUUGCUUGAGGUUUGGUUUCUCUUGAAGCUCAAAUGGUGUGGUUUGGUGCUUGUUUCAUCUACUCGAGAUCCUUCUUAUUAUUGCUCCCUACUGCUGCUAUGUGGUUUUUAUUAUAGUCUUUGCAGAAACUACUUGCUCCUUGUUAUUAUGAUUAUGAUUAUUAUUAUUAUUAUUAUUAUGGUUACGUUGCUGUUCAUUGCCAUUUUCUAGUUUGUGUUGAUGAACGAACGAAUAUGCUUAGUAAAAGGAGCUGAUCUGAUCAUUACUAUGUAAUAAAUUGGUGAUUGAUAUGCCUGCCUAUUUGCUGUC